UCCUUCCCACCGUCCUCUCUCUCCAUCCCUCUCCACUCUUUCAAAUCCACCCAGGGGGAUGCCUCUGAGUUCCUGUGUCUGAUCCCAGGGUUCAAUGUUCCUCAUCCUGCAGCAGACGUUUCUGCGGGCACCCACCAGCCCCAGCAUGCGCUCCAGGGCCAGCCCAGGGGUUGACAUCCAGGGCUUUCCUUACAGGAAGCAAUCAAGAGGGUUUCCAGCAUUAAACCACUCAGGAAGCAAGGCCAGUUUCUGCCCAAGAGCAUGCCUCACUGGCCCCACAAGAAGAAACAGGCCUAAGGCUCAGUGGUGUGCCGGAGCCUGCUCACAGAUGGCACAUACCCAAUCCUAUGACCUCGUAUUAGUACCUUGCAUGGGCCACGGUGGGAGUGUUUACACCACAGAAAUCAGCAGAUGCUGCAAAUUGAGUCUUCUGUUUUGUUUCCUGAGAGCCUAUUGUUAAAAUUUACCAGCACACCAUUGCUCUGUAGACCUGCCACCUUCUCCGAAGCAAACGUUUCUGUGCUGAGGCGUUGUAAGAACAAUGUCCUCUGCCAUAGAGGGCAGAACCCAGAAGAGCACAUGCAUAUCUAGCACUGUUCAAGCUGCCUGCUGUCGGGGAAGCAGAGCAGGUAGAAGACCUGGGCCCCGUUCUUGCAUAGUUGACAGUGCAGCUGGGAAGCUAAGACAGAAGAAUCCGUAAUUAGUCAGGAGAGAAGCCACGUUGUAUAGCGCGACCAGGCCUUCCUCCUCGCCCCCACCAUGGUCCUGGCUCAGGCACUGUCCCUCAUCCUUGCACCAGCCCUGCUACAGCAACCUCCACCCAUUCUCCCUCUCCUCUCCUCCUCCCCACACAGCUGCUGGGCAGUCUUGCCAAGUCACCAUCACAUCAAAUCUCCCCAUCUUCCGUGGUUCAGGUGGCAGCCCUGGUGACCACCCCAUGCCCACAGUAGAGAGGGAUAGUUAAGAACAUGGGCUUUGGAAUCAAACUGCAGUGUCUGGGAGCUGGGAAGUUGUUUUACUGUCUGAACUUCGGCUUCCUCAUCUGUACAGUGUGCAGUACAGAAAUGCCGUCAAUAUAUUAAGCACUUCCUCAGCCUUCGGUGUGAUUAUCAUUCUCAUUACAGGGUAAGAUGUGCCCUCUUUUCCUGCAUCAGAGCUCUUUACUACUACUGGCGGCUUCCUGUUCACGUUUCCCUAAAUCACCCCAGGUUCUAGCCCCCAACAAGCCUCCUCACUGUCUCCAAAUAUGUUCUGUAUUUUGGCUUUGUUCUCUCUGCCUGGAAUGGACCAGGAGCAGUUAGGGUUGCAGUUAAGAGCAAGGAGUCUGGUCCUGCUCCUCUAGCUGUGAUUAUUUUAAAAAUAUCCCCACUUCUGCUCCCUUUUCCACCAACCGCAAUGCUACCCCUCCCAGUUGCCUGCCUGAACCCAGACCCCGGGGCAGGGUGCCACCUCUCCUUCUCUGCGUGCUGCGAAAGAACUUACCCCGUGGAUGUGGAUUGUCCAUGGCCCACCUCCCAGCUGUCCCAAGAGCUCAGUGGCAGCAGGACUCAGACUCCAACUUGCAUCUUUGUCCCUCAGCACCCAGCAUGAGGCCCGGCUCCCCAGAGGUGCACAGUCGAUGCAGAUCAGAUUGAAAAUUGCCUUGACAAAAUGAAGUUCUCAGUCGGGCACUAUGGAUAAUUAGGGGCCAGAACAGACGUUAGUAAACCACUGAGCGUGUGAGCGAGACAAGCAGGAUUGGAUCAGAGUGAGGUGGAGCUGGAAAUUGGAGUCUGACUCUCCUGCUUGCACACAGAAGAAAGCCGAGGCACAGAGAGGGGAAGGGACUGGCAUAAGAGUCACACAGCUAGUAAGUUUAGAGUGAGAUUUCAGACCUGUGUCUACUGGACUUCAGGGCGUCAAGCUAACUGCCCUUCCUCCUCAGGUCAGCUCCUCGCGGCAGCUGCAAGGCACAAGCCACGUCUGCAGUUGGAGGAGAGCUGGGGUUUCCAAGAGGGGAGUGCUGCCCCUAGAGGCUGGCUGCCUCCUGGGGACUCUGAUUAGAGCCCCCAGCCCCACAGCGCAGCCAGAAUCCCACGUGACCUCCCAGGGGCUCCCUGUAUACCUGUAGGAUUUGUCCAGCACAACCAUAGGAGCCAUUUUGGAGCCAGAACUCAGAGGCUUUCAUGCUAGCAGCCUCUCUUGGGUUUCUUAAAAAGAACAGCAGACCUUGUCCUUGUGGAGGUUUGUCCUGGAGGGAGGUGGCUGCUGGGGACGGGCCAUACUUGUACACCACAAAUGGAGGAGGGCUUGGGGUGUUCCACGGGUACCCCAUUAGAGACAGCAGAGUGGUUAAGAGUUUGGACACAGGAGCCCAGCUGCCUGGGUCAAGGCUUGGCGCCCCUAGCUCCUAACUGGGACACCUUUGGCACGUCACUUUAACCUCUCUGUGCCUCAGUUUACCCAUCAAUAAAAUGGGGGCUAAAAGCAAUUUAACAGACAAAAAGCAUUUAGAGUGGCCCCGGCACAUUAGUAAGUGUGUCCAGCUCACUUCCUCCCUGUACUGAGCUCUUCUUUUUCUUUCACCCGUUGCUAAUGAAAAGUUGGGGAAUUUUUCUUUUCUGUAGGCGGCUGCAGAAGAAGGAGAACCAUCCUUCUAGAAUCUGUUUCACCGUUGGAUGGGUCUGUCAUAUUCCAGAAGUUGCAAAGUUGAAUUUGUUCUCACCUGGGUUGUCGGGGUGGGGGUGCCCUCUGGCCUUCUUCCACAUUGUGGUUUCAGAGGUGUCCUAGAAAACCUGACUUCUAGGCUCUCAGAGGCUGAGAGCAGAGGGGAAGGGCUAGAGCUUCCAUUUAUUCAUCUGUCCUAGGACAGUGAGGCUAGGCAAACUCAUCUCCACGCAGUCACAUUUCUCUCCCUCUGGCAUCCAGCAGUCAUGCUUGGGCAGGUCAGGUCAUGAGGCCCGAUAGGUCUAAUGGCUUCAGAGAAUUUCACACAGGCCAGUGCCUGGGAGGCACUUCCUGGACAAGCAAAUAGCACCAGACUAUAACUCAGAGGGCCUGGGUCAAGUCCUGUGUGACCUUGGGCAGGUCAUUUGACCUCUCUGGGCCUUAGUGCCAUCAUCUGCAAAAUGGAACCGGUGAUCAUUUUAGCGUCAAUGUAUUUAGCACUUGCUGAACUGGGCACGGUGCUAGAAAAUUCAAAUCCAGUCAUCACGAGUAGGAAGUGCUUACUAUUGACCUCUUUUAUUGACGAAGAAAUAAAAACUUUUUUUUUUUUUGAGACGGAGUCUCGCUUUGUCGCCCAGGCUGGAGUGCAGUGGCACGAUCUCAGCUCACCGCAAGCUCUGCCUCCCGGAUUCACGCUAUUCUCCUGCCUCAGCCUCCUGAGUAGCUGAGACUACAAACACCCACCACCAUGCCCGGCUAAUUUUUUGUAUUUUUUAGUAGAGACAGGGUUUCACCAUGUUAGCCAGGAUGUUCUCAAUAUCCUGACCUUGUGAUCUGCCCACCUCAGCCUCCCAAAGUGCUGGGAUUACAGGUGUGAGCCACCGCGCCCAGCCAAAACAAAAACUUUGAGGAAAUAAGUAGCUUACUUUAAAGUCACAGUGGGAUGUUGUGUAGAGUAGGCAUGCAAUAAAUACUACUGACAAAGACACCUGCUUCUGCAAAUUCCCUCUCAGGUAUGUUGAGGCAGCUGAGGGAUUUAUACCAAGGCAUGAAACUGCUUUCCUUCAUCUCUUGAGCAAAAGUAUGCGGCUGGCUGGGAGUUGGGAGUCCAUAAGUUUCAGGCCACUUUCAUGCUGUGUGACCUUGGGCCAGCCACCAGUCCUUGCUGGGUUUUUUUCUUCAUCUAUAGAAUGCCAUGGUAGACCAGGUGCACCAGUUUGACAUGGAGCAAGUCUGGACCAUGAAGGAAGCCAGCUGGGUCUUGGCCCUAAGCACCACUGUGCAUGGGGCUGAGGAUCCAAGAAUGGAGGCCUCCCAUUUAAACCCCAAGCUGUCCAAACCAGCUCAUUUCUCCUGUAGCCUGCAUCCCACCACAGGCCUGGCUGGCCUCUGAGGUCUUGUUAAAAUGCUGGGCCUUGGAGACCCUCUCUGGCAGCUCCCUUUCCAUUAGGGCACCUUCUCCAGGGAGCUUUCCCUGACCUCCAGGACAGUGCGUGGCAAGUGCUGCCCACAGCACCGGCUGUCCCACACAAUUCCAACCUUCCUCUAACCUUCUGUACCUGAUCAUCCACUAUUAAUUGGUCUUCACAUUUGUAUAACAUUUUUCAAUUACAAAGCACUUUUGCGGCCAUUCAUCUCUUUGAGUGGCAGCCUAAGCUGCUAUUUAUUGACACUUCCUGUGUGCCAGGCCCUUGGCUGGCCUCUUUCCGUGCAUUAUCAUGCAAUUCUCAGAGCAAUUCUGUGAAAUCCACAUUUACAGAUGAGAAAAAUGGGACUCAAGCAAGCCAGAUAUGUAGCCCUAUUACACAGAGAUUUGAACGAAGGCCCAUGAAAUAAUCUGGGUCAUCCCUAACAACAGCUUCUGAAGCUUUCAUAUGUGCCUAAAUCACGGGACCUGGUUAAAAAUCAGCUUCUCAUUCCACUGGUCUUGAGUGGGGCCCAAGAUUCUGCAUUUCUGACAGGCCCCCAGGUGAUGCCGAUGCUGUCUCUUGAAGAACCGCACGUUGAGAAGCAAGGCCCUGAAUCACUGGGCAAUUUGAGACCCCAGGCUGGCAAGGCUGUUUCCUUAUCUGUCAGAUGGGUGAAGUAGCCCUGGCUUACAUAGAUGGAAUGACUCCCGGAUGAUAUAGUGCCGCAAAAUGCCUGGCACACAAUAGGCGCUCAAUAAAUGCUAGCUCUUCUCCUUCGAUAGGAGCUGGCAUGAGUCUGGGUACACAACAGAUGCUCAAUAAAGCCUUGUCCAAUGGAUUGAGCCUAGCAUUUUUCCCGAAGGCAGAGAAUGAACUGUAUUAUGUUUCCCCUUGGAAUGAAGCCAAACUCAAUAUUAAUUUCUUUCUUGAACCACGGAGUUUCAAAAAGAAAUAAAGGCAAACUAGAGUGAUUGCAGUCUGAAGCGAGCCUCUGUAAUUUCUGUAAUUACAGAACGAGAGCAAAGCAAAGCAGGCGUGAGCACAGCCUCAUGGAGGGAGUGGGGUGGGGGUGGGGGGAGGGGAAGAGCACGCCCUACUCCCAGACCCACUGCUCCCCCUCCUCGCUUCCCUGGCUUUUCAGGGCUCCCCACUCACUCCAUGGCAGGGCCAUGGCCUGGGACAAUGGCAGCCCUGAGACUCCAGCCCUGGCCUCUGGGUCUCUGCCUAGGUCCCCACCCCACGCAGCCGCCUGUCCCUCUGAUGCAGUGGGACAGAGGGAGAUUGUCCAAGGCGGCUUCCACACACUUCCCUCCCCCUUGCCUGCCAUCUGGUCCAGGCCUGGGCUGCUCACAGCCAAUCAUCCAGCAAGGCCCAUGGCCCACGGGCCCCACCUCCAGAAUAGAUCCUGGGUGUCGGUGACACUUCCCCCCACUUCUGCCCAUCCAGCCACCCCCAUGCAAGCCGCCAUCAUCUCUCUGGACUGGCAGCCUCUGAUCAUGUCUCCCUGCUUCCCCCUUGCCCCUAUGCAGCCUUUUCUGGGCAGCCAGAGGGAGACUCUUAAACUAACCAUAAGUCAGAUCUCCCCCACCACUUCAACCCCCACUUCCUCCCAUCCCACUUAGAAUGAAACCUGAAUCCUUGCUGUGACCUCUGAGACCUGUGUGACCUGGCCCCUGCCCACCACCUCUGCCUGAAUCCAUUUCCUCUCACACUGGACUCCGAACACCUUGGCCACCUUGGUGUCUUUCAAAAGUGCCAGGCUCAUUCCUGCCUCAGGGCCUUUGCACUUGCUGCUCCCUCUGUUUGAAAUACUGUAUCCCAGAGAGUCCCAUUUCUGGCUCCUAAUUCAGACUGAAAUUUUUUUUUUUUUUUUGCUCAGGCCAAAUAAAACAAGCCCAAGGGCCAGUUUUGACCCAUUUUGCCACUUCUGAUGUAAGGCUUCCAAACUGUACAUGUUUUCUUUCCCUUACAAAGCAUCUUGUCAUUCAGAGAUUGGCAGAGGAAUUCUUUGUGCUUGGUUUGGCCCCAUUUUUAUCAAUGGCUUUAACACUUGGUCACAGAGCAUACACUGAGGAAGGAUGGGAUAUCCUGGGAACGUUUUACCAUCUUCCUGCCUGGAGUGUCUUUCACUAAGUCCGUCCUUCCCAGAGGCCCCAUGAGCGAGUCAUCUUCUGGUUUACGAAUCUGAUCCCAUUAUCAGCCCUGCCCCAUCCCUGCAGCUAGUCCCCAAGUUCCUUAGCCCAGUGUCCAAGACCCUUCAUAUACUGACCUUCCUAGCUUCACACUGUAUACUUUAGUACAUGUGUUUCCCUCCACUUGGAACACCUUUUCUCUCUUUUUAAACCUGAUGAACACCUAUUCAACCUUCAAAGCCUUGCUCAAAUGACCCCUCACCUAGGAUACUUUCUCUGGCUGUAUUAAUGCAUUUCUUCUAGGCCUACUGUGUCUUAUUCUUACACCUGUUGCAGCACUUAUCACAGGGUAUUAUGAUCAGCUAUAGGCAGAACUAUUUCUCCUUCUAGGCCAUGACCUUGACAAGGGCAAGGGUCUUGUCUUAUUAAAUUCUCACACCCUGAGUGUCCACCCCAGCUCCAUGCACAUAGGAGGCCUCAGUAAGUAUUUACAGAAAUGAAUCUUUCUGCUGGAACCUGUUAGUUCACUGAUUCGGAUUCUGGUGACCAGGGUGUAGUUCAGAAUACAAAAUGCUUGAAGAGAUGGCUCCAUUGUCGUUUCAGCACAUAGCAUGUGCUCAGUAAAUACUUGCAGAAUGAAUGUGUUAGUGAGUGAGUACAGAGGACCUGACCUGUCAUCACUGGUGGUCUCACAUUAAUAGUGCCCUUUGAACGUGGCUUUAGUGGAAUUAAGUUAAUCAUGGUAUAGUAUGCACCUGAAGGAAUGUGGAGCCGGAUUCUAGGUCUGCAGAAUGUUGUCACCUGAUGAAGAAGAACUGGAAGACGCUGGAAGAAGGCUUUGGAAAAAUGCCCAGAUCAUGAGAAGGUGAGAGGUGUUUCUUCUGCCUGCUCCACCAGCAGGUAAAGGAGGCUGAUCACAGGCUGGCACUCAGGGCGAGGUGGAAGAAACGCGUGGUCUUGCCACUACAGACCCACAGAGCUGUCCUCCAACAUGAUCCAAGAGAGCCACAAAACACAGGGGUGUGUCUUGGGAAGGGAAAAGUAACAACUUGCAAAAAGGUUGGUUCUCCUUCAGAGAAAUGUUCUAGAAAGACAGCCAAGUUACCCUGCCGUGAACUCACACACACCUGUGCUUUCUGCAUGUUAUUUUUCAUAGGAGAGGGAAGUGCCAGGAAUUAAAAUUGCCGAAGCACUAUUCCCCAGGUGUGUGGGUGAGGCACGCUUCCUGGGACCACUCCAUUUAAGCAUUGGGUCCCAGGCCUGUUCACUAGGAGGAGGCUCUUUAUCAAUUUCCUCCCAUGGACCAGAUGAUUGAGAUUUUUUUUGCUACCAGACUUUAUUAUAGAAUAAUUACUUUUGUAUUAACUAAACAAACAAAUGUACCACUCCCAGCUUCUGACUGGCCCAAGGUGCUGAGCUAGACCUCUUUGCUUUGGUACAAAGAGAGCCCAAAGCCAAGAGACUUGACAUUUCUGUUAGCUGGUAUUCCCCAGGGGGACUAAAAGGAUGAUUUCCAUUGGAGUUUUUAAAAUGCUGAAGACACUGAAAGACCUGAAUAGUAAGCCCUUAAUAAACGUUAUUCGGUAUUAUUAUUGUUGUUGUUGUAGCCUUCUGGGAAGUUGCGAAUGCCAGAUUAAGAACAAUGGACCCAUACCCAGAUGGUGGCGAUUGCAGUGAUAAGAAUGGCUGAGAUUUCCUAAGCCCUAACUAUGUGCCAGGCAUAGUUGUACAUGCUUCACACGCAGGAUCUCAUUUAAUCAUCACCAUAACACUCGGAAGGAGGUAUUAUUAUCUUCCCAUUUUAUAGAUGAGGGUCAGAGAGGUGAAGUAACUCACCCAGCAUUAGUAGGUGUUGGAGGAAGCCAAGGUCUGUCUGACUCAGCACCAGGGUGGCUUUGCUGCUGUGUAAGUCAAAGAGCCUUCUCAGUUCUAAAUCCUCAAAGAAGUAUGAGUUAUAUCAAUUCAUGGCUUUACUUUGUUUAUCUUCAUAUGUGCCACAUCUUCUAAAAGGGAAACUCCAAAUAUAGUCAUGUGGCUCCUCCUAGGGAAUUAUAGGCAUUUGGCUGAAUCUGAAUACAUAUCCCCGUAUUCCAGAAAUUGGAAAUCACAUGUAUGUCUUCUUUAUGGUGAGGUCUUCAGAGCAGCCACCAUCUCUGAUCGUUCAGGGCUUGGCAUGAGGAGGUGCUCAAUAUAGUCAUGGAGAAGAACUCAUGGACUGAACUUCCUGGUGAACCAGAGGGAUGGUGCAGAGAUUUAAGAUUGCAACAGGAACCCCCAAAUCAAUGAUCUCACCCAGGGUGGCAGAAGGAGCCCUUCUGGAGCUGACCCACCCCUGACGACCAUCAGGGUGAGGCAACUCCAAGGUCCUACUCUCUUUCUGUGCCUGUCACCCACCCCGUCCUCCUAGGGUGCCCUUGAGCCGCAAAACUGCUGUCCACGUGGACUGGGGCUGACAUCGCACGUCCAUCUGCCAGGACCCCUGCGUCCAAAUUCCGAGACAUGGCGACCAACGGCAGCAAGGUGGCCGAUGGGCAGAUCUCCACCGAGGUCAGCGAGGCCCCUGUGGCCAAUGACAAGCCCAAAACGUUGGUGGUCAAGGUGCAGAAGAAGGCGGCAGACCUCCCCGACCGGGACACGUGGAAGGGCCGCUUCGACUUCCUCAUGUCCUGUGUGGGCUAUGCCAUCGGCCUGGGCAACGUCUGGAGGUUCCCCUAUCUCUGCGGGAAAAAUGGUGGGGGAGCCUUCCUGAUCCCCUACUUCCUGACACUCAUCUUUGCGGGGGUCCCACUCUUCCUUCUGGAGUGCUCCCUGGGCCAGUACACCUCCAUCGGGGGGCUAGGGGUAUGGAAGCUGGCUCCUAUGUUCAAGGGCGUGGGCCUUGCGGCUGCUGUGCUAUCAUUCUGGCUGAACAUCUACUACAUCGUCAUCAUCUCCUGGGCCAUUUACUACCUGUACAAUUCCUUCACCACGACACUGCCGUGGAAACAGUGUGACAACCCAUGGAACACAGACCGCUGCUUCUCCAACUACAGCAUGGUCAACACCACCAACAUGACCAGCGCUGUGGUGGAGUUCUGGGAGCGCAACAUGCAUCAGAUGACGGACGGGCUGGAUAAGCCAGGUCAGAUCCGCUGGCCACUGGCCAUCACGCUGGCCAUCGCCUGGAUCCUUGUGUAUUUCUGUAUCUGGAAGGGUGUCGGCUGGACUGGAAAGGUGGUCUAUUUCUCAGCCACAUACCCCUACAUCAUGCUGAUCAUCCUGUUCUUCCGUGGAGUGACGCUGCCCGGGGCCAAGGAGGGCAUCCUCUUCUACAUCACACCCAACUUCCGAAAGCUGUCCGACUCUGAGGUGUGGCUGGAUGCAGCGACCCAGAUCUUCUUCUCAUACGGGCUGGGCCUGGGGUCCCUGAUCGCUCUCGGGAGCUACAACUCUUUCCACAACAACGUCUACAGGGACUCCAUCAUCGUCUGCUGCAUCAAUUCGUGCACCAGCAUGUUUGCAGGAUUCGUCAUCUUCUCCAUCGUGGGCUUCAUGGCCCACGUCACCAAGAGGUCCAUUGCUGAUGUGGCAGCCUCAGGCCCAGGGCUGGCGUUCCUGGCAUACCCAGAGGCGGUGACCCAGCUGCCUAUCUCCCCACUCUGGGCCAUCCUCUUCUUCUCCAUGCUGCUGAUGCUGGGCAUUGACAGCCAGUUCUGCACUGUGGAGGGCUUCAUCACAGCCCUGGUGGAUGAGUACCCCAGACUCCUCCGCAACCGCAGAGAGCUCUUCAUUGCUGCUGUCUGCAUCAUCUCCUACCUGAUCGGCCUCUCUAACAUCACUCAGGGGGGUAUUUAUGUCUUCAAACUCUUUGACUACUACUCUGCCAGUGGCAUGAGCCUGCUGUUCCUCGUGUUCUUUGAAUGUGUCUCUAUUUCCUGGUUUUACGGUGUCAACCGAUUCUAUGACAAUAUUCAAGAGAUGGUUGGAUCCAGGCCCUGCAUCUGGUGGAAACUCUGCUGGUCUUUCUUUACACCAAUCAUUGUGGCGGGCGUGUUCAUUUUCAGUGCUGUGCAGAUGACGCCACUCACCAUGGGAAACUAUGUUUUCCCCAAGUGGGGCCAGGGUGUGGGCUGGCUGAUGGCUCUGUCUUCCAUGGUCCUCAUCCCCGGGUACAUGGCCUACAUGUUCCUCACCUUAAAGGGCUCCCUGAAGCAGCGCAUCCAAGUCAUGGUCCAGCCCAGCGAAGACAUCGUUCGCCCAGAGAAUGGUCCUGAGCAGCCCCAGGCCGGCAGCUCCACCAGCAAGGAGGCCUACAUCUAGGGUGGGGGCCACUCACCAACCCGACACUCUCACCCCCUGACCUGGCUGAGUGCGACCACCACUUGAUGUCUGAGGAUACCUUCCAUCUCAACCUACCUCGAGUGGCGAGUCCAGACACCAUCACCAUGCAGAGAGGGGAGGUGGGAGGACAGACCCCUGGGUGGGCCCUACCAUGGGCAAGGAUACCUGGUGGCUUCUGGCACCUGGCGGGCUGGUGACCUUUUUAAUCCAGGCCCCAUCAGCAUCCCACGAUCGGCCUUGGUAAUCGCCGCGGUAGAUCAUUUUUAUCCCGCCAGGGAGUGUGAUGCAGCGAGGCCACACGUGCUCCUGGCUUUUAAACCUGUUCCUGACUGUUCUCUUACGCCGAAACCCAUGACUGUUAUCUCGGACUUUGCAGGAGUUCCUUUCCCUCCGAACGCUGCUCCAUGCACAGGAAAAGGGCAUUUUGUACAAUGG